AUAGAGGAAGGCGGAGAAUGUAAAGGAGCACUCCGCGUUGUGCUUGGCACCCCGACGAGGAUAACAGAAGCCAAUGAACAGUGCAGUAAACCCUAAUCUGUGUUGAAAGGAAUUGCUUUAUGCAGGAUUAAUUAUUUUUAAGUUUAGAGGGUUGACAUAAUCCAUGAAAAACCUCCGUAUCGGUGCCAUAUCGUCGAUCAACAACGUCGGGGCGGCGUAGAUGCUUGUCUCGGCGGUGUCCUGGGAUCUCAAUUGGUUCCUGCAACUGAUAUUCACCGCUUUAUUGGUUGCUAUUGGAUUGCAUACGGUCGUCAAGAAUACGGCCUCCAAGUAUUUUGAGGUCGACGCCAAUUUUGAGGGGGACCACCCCGCCGAUCGAACUCCAAUGCCCGGUGUUCUCAUGCAAGAUCCUGUUUGUGCCGUCUGUGGCCAAUCCGGCACUAAGAAGUGCUCCCGUUGUAAAGCCGUACGAUAUUGCUCUGAAGCGUGUCAAGUGGCGGACUGGAAAUCUAGACAUAAAACAAAAUGCAAGGAUUUCUGUCAAACUAAUGGAACCAAUUCGACUCAAAGUGGGGCAACUGAUGUUGGGCUUAAAGCCUCAGCUGGGUAUAAAAAUUUGUCUGCAAUUACGCUGGUACCAGCUUGCGGAAAGUCACGCCCUAUCAAGCAGCUGAAGGAUGUUAUUUUUCCAUAUGAUGAAUUUGUUGGGUUUUUCAGCCGGGACAACUUAGAAUUUCCUCCUUGUGGACUACUGAAUGGCGGAAACAGCUGCUUUGCUAAUGCGGUUCUUCAAUGUCUCUCAUUCACAAGGCCACUUGUCUCCUAUUUGUUGGAGAAAGGACAUCGUCGAGAAUGUAGUCUUGAUGACUGGUGCUUCCUAUGUGAAUUUCAAAUCCAUGUUGAAAGAGCCAGGCAAAGUUCACAGGCCUUUUCUCCGAUGAAUAUUCUUUCCCAUUUACCUAAUAUUGGUGGCACUCUAGGUUAUGGAAGACAAGAGGAUGCUCAUGAGUUUAUGAGGUUUGCAAUUGAUACAAUGCAAUCUGUUUGUCUCCAUGAAUUCGGGGGUGAAAAAGUUGUCCCUCCUAGACUGCAAGAGACAACUCUUAUGCAGCACAUCUUUGGUGGUCGCCUUCAAUCUCAGGUGAUUUGUUCAAAAUGUGAUAAAAUUUCAAAUCAAUAUGAAAAUAUGAUAGACUUGACGGUUGAAAUUCAAGGAGAUGUGGGCUCUCUGGAAGGAUGUCUGGACCUGUUCACCGUGAAGGAGUGGCUCCAUGGGGACAAUAUGUACAAAUGUGAUGGGUGCAAUGACUAUGUACAGGCAUGGAAACGUCUUACUGUAAAACAAGCGCCUAAUGUUCUUACAGUUGCCUUCAAAAGAUUCCAGAGUGGGAGGUUUGGAAAACUUAACAAGAGAAUAACUUUCCCGGAGACUCUAGAUCUUAGCCCUUACAUGAGUGAGGCAGCAGAUGGGUCAAAUAUCUAUAAGCUUUAUGCCGUCGUAGUUCAUCUGGAUAUGCUGAACGCUUCUUAUUUUGGUCAUUACAUAUGCUGCAUCAAGGAUUUUCAGGGAAACUGGUACUGGGUUGAUGACAGUAAGGUUACGAGUGUGGAGUUGGAGGAGGUACUCUCUCAGGGAGCAUACAUGCUUUUGUACAACAGGGUUAAUGCGAGGCCAUCAGGCCUUCAAACCACGGAAUCGUUAGGGAAGGAAGAACAAACUGUAAAAGUGGAGGUGGAGCCUAGCCCAACAGGUCAAGUUGCAGGCCUUUCAAACAGAGAGACCGUAACUGCCUGCAGAGGUUCUGAGGCUUUGACACCUGACAGCAGCCAAGAAAUACAGGUUUCUGACUUUGAAAACGUGUCAUUGCAUGAAAUUAACCAAGAUGUCAAAAAAGAGCGCUCUGAGGAUGUGGAGGUGAUUGAUGUUGAGUCGACUUCUGAUAUUACAAAUAAGAGUCCCUGCAGCUUGGUCCAGCCAUCUCAUUUACCUUAUUCGCAAGAUGUCAGAGACUUAGAGGGCAUAGCAAUGGUCAGAUCAAAUCCAUGCUUAACUGUGUCGGAAGAGAUCUCCAGGGAAGAACAAGAGGAUGGCAAUACAGUUGAAUGUGGCCCCUGUCCAGGCUCGCUGAAUGACUUUUCCUGCUGUCAUGAGGAUUCUCCUGUCUCAAAGGCAUAUGAAUUCACAGGAGAGGAUUCAGAACGUACAGAGGUGAGUGAAUACAAGUCAAGUACUACAGCAAGAGGCGAUGCAAAUUAUCUCAAUGGGUAUGCCAGUGCUGUCAAAUCUGCUAUCCCAGGUGAAGAUGGUUGUGCAGUAUUUUCUGGCGUUGGUGCUUUUCCCACGGACAUAACCCUCUGCUGACAUGCGCAGAAUUAAAGCAGGAGGGGUUGCCGCUCUACGGCUGUGAAACUGAAAUGGAAUCAAGAGAAUAGAAAUAUCAGGGGAUAAUUCAUAUCUGUGUAGGGACUAGGGGCAGAUAUUUUUGCUGUUUAUUCAUAUCAUUUGGUGAUCCCAUCAUCUGAAAGAGGUGGUGAGUUGGGAAAUUUUGACCGGCGUUCCAUUAUUCGCGGGAAUCUUGGAUCCUACAGUAGCAUAAUUAGAUGAAUUCUUUAAAUUAAUUUGACCAUAGUGACAAUGUUCAAUUCCUUUCUCGUGUUCUUCCCUAACGUGACAAAUAUUGCAUUGUCUUUGGAGAUGAUAGGCUUCGAAUAAUAAUGGAAUAUAAAUUCUCAUAUUUGGCGGGAAA